AUGAUACUCGGUGAGAAGAGCGCCUCGGCCGAUUAUUGGCGAAAAUGCGGUGACGAGGCGCUAGCGCGCAAUAUCAAGGGCAUCUUGAUCAUAGUGGGCGCCGAUGCUACGCUUCCGGGAUGCCUUUGCCAUGGAGACGCCGCCCGAGGAUUGGGUGUUGGGGUUCCGGCAGGUGGUCGAGAAUGUGAUUUCGAAGCCUUCGGCCCCGCAGUUGCGGAUGGGAUGACCAAACUUAUGAAACAUCCACGGUUCAGGGAUGCGCAUGUCACUGACGAUCAUAUUAUCCCGGCGAUGUUUGUUGCGGGGGUAGUGAGUGAUUUGGAGGAUAUAGGGUCCGAGGCGCUGAUGCCGGCGGAGGAUUGGGAGUUGACUAAUAUGUGUAAUUCGCAGUUUACGCUUGGGGUGUGGGGGAAGGCUAUUGCUGCUUGA